GGCGCGCGCUGCGCGGCACCCACUUGCAGUCGAACAGGGUGUACUGCAGCGGCUGCUGCGCGUGCGCCACCACCUGCGGCCGCUCCAGCGCCGACGACAUCCCGCGGCCCCGGCCCCGGCCCCGGCCCCUCCGCCACAGCCGCCGCCAACCGCCGCGCCGGCACUACCGCCGCGCCAGCACCACCGCCGCCGCCGGAAGCGGCAGGGGAGGAGCGCAGGCCCCCUUCCGGCGGCGGGAGGGCACGUGUGUGCGCGCUGGGGCCGGGGACAUGGAGCGCGCGGCCGAAGCGGCGGCGGCCGGAGCCGGGGCCGGGGCUGGGGCUGGGGGCGAGGCCGGGGGCGGCUUCAGCACCGUCUCGUCCCGGCGCAGCCGGAGGAAGCGGCGGGCGGCCGCGGGCGGGGACGAGGCGCCGGCGGAGCCCGCCAUGGACACGGCGGAGCCCGCCACGGACACGGCGGAGCCGCGGCCCAGCAAGAGGCCGGCCUUCCCGCCCGUGGCCGCCGAGGCGCUGGGGGUUGCCAAAGGGGAGAUGCGGAAGGUGCCCGUGCCGGCCAACAGGUACACGCCGCUGAAGGAGAACUGGAUGAAGAUAUUCACGCCCGUCGUGGAGCACCUGCAGCUGCAGAUCAGGUUCAACUUGAAAACGAGGAACGUCGAGAUCAAGACUUGUCAAGAGACAAAGGAUCUCGGGGCUCUAACAAAAGCUGCUGAUUUUGUGAAAGCCUUUAUACUGGGGUUCCAAGUAGAGGAUGCUCUUGCUCUCAUCAGACUUGAUGAUUUAUUUCUGGAGUCAUUUGAAGUUACAGAUGUCAAACCUCUGAAGGGUGAUCACCUGUCAAGAGCAAUCGGGAGAAUAGCAGGGAAAGGUGGAAAAACAAAGUUCACGAUAGAAAACGUCACCAGGACGCGAAUCGUUCUUGCUGAUGCGAAAAUUCAUAUUUUGGGGUCUUUUCAGAACAUUAAAAUGGCACGAACAGCAAUUUGCAAUCUAAUUUUAGGAAGUCCCCCAUCCAAAGUUUAUGGCAAUAUUCGGGCAGUGGCCAGCAGAGCAGCCGAAAGAUUCUGAGCUGCAGCGUGGCUGCACCCCCCAGCCCUGGGGGCUGGACUUGCAGUACACAGGAUGGGCCUGGAGCUACCGGAGCACGUGGUCUGCUGCUUGAUUUGGAAGCCCAGAACAACACCUGGACUGUUGGUGCAGUCAAGUCUGAAAUGGGACAGCAUCACUGCCGUGGACACACUUCCUAUUUCUGAGUAGUCAUUACAAGCUACUUCACACUGGUUAUGUCUGUAUCAGAAGUAGGGGGUAUCUGAUUUUACUUAAACUUAUCCUCAAACAAAACCCAUGGCUUCAUGACUGACUUUCUCACCAUUAAAGUAUGAGAGACUGCUGCAGGGACUUGAGAAAGCAUUUGUGUUUGAGCCCAGAGGAGUCGGCAUAGUUAGGUGUUCAUAACCACACACAACAGUUCACUAUCUGCCUGCAAAAAGGAAGAGCAAUGACACUGCAAAGUUCAAGGUCAGGCUGCCCAAGCAGUUUCUGCUGCUACUGCUGGAACAACAGAUGACACAAAUGUAAGAAACAGAGGUAAAUAGUGUAUUUUUAACUUAGUCCUGGAACCUCCACUUCUAUAGAUUUUAUUAUCUCUUAGUGCUCCAUCAGGGCAGCCUCAUGAAGCCAAAAGGCUCCAGCUGAAAUACUCCCCUGUGUACCAGAGUACAAGCACGUGUGAAGCGUUGCCUCCCAUUCUUACACAAGGGGGAGGGAUGACAGAGCCCAGCUACAGUCCCAGUGUGGGCCUUUGCUCCUACCCUUCAACAUGUCACCAAGUCUCUUGCAAAAUAGUUUAGGUUUGUAAACAAAAAUGUAACUGAGACUAUAAAAACACUGCUGAAUUAAACAUUUCUCUCAGUGUCAGUUUCCAGUGCAACACUUGGGCAUAUGGGAUAAUUAUCAAAUUCAUUCAUGCCUUCCAUGGGGGAGAUUGAAGCCCUGUGCUGGGUUGCCCAGAUGCACAGCUCUCUGCAGAGGGAGCUAGAGGGGAGAGCGUGUCCAUUGUAGCAGCUCAAGGUGUGCACCUCUCACGUUAUCAAGUAUUCCAUUUAUUGGCUGCUUAUGGCAUUUAUCUCACUUAGCUCAAGAGAUAUGGGGAGAAAGGCAAGGACUCAGGAAAGCAAGAGGAUCUUUAUCCUCAAGCAGGUGCACACCAAUGGAGACCCCCAAGCCACAGAAAGGGCAGCACAGCAGAGUUCCCAACUGCAACCCCAACCAACAGCACAGGUCUCUGAAGGACAGACCUGCAACAGGGGCAGUGGUUUUCACCAGCAGCAGCCUGGGAACUCUCCUUGAGAAGGAAGCUGCCUUUCAUUCCCCACCUACAGGAAGAUGAGGGAGUUGUUUUUUAACCAGCUUUCCACUCACACCUGUAACUCUGAAUUUAGUGGGUAAAAUACCUUAUUUUAAAUAGGACAUUUAGCAAAGAGAACCAGCUGUGCUUUGAAGAAAACAUACAGAAGUGACCAUGAAACACAGCAAUGAAGCCUGGAAGCGUUCAGGGGACCGUCUGCACCCUGGCCAGUUUUUCAGUAACUGUUUAUUACCCAAGAAGGGCCAGCAGCAAGGAGCAGCAGGGUGCAGAGCUGCUUGGAACCCAGCAGGAAAGCUCUCGCUAAGUACUGAAGUGCCCCAGCCAAGGUUCAAAUAUUUUUAUUUUGUAUUCAUAUAGUAUGAAGGUUCUUAUAGUUCCCACAACAUAUGAUAUAGCAUGCAGAGGAAAAACUAAACAUUCAACAUAAAUCAUUUUUCCCCACACAAACUAAAAAAAAAAAAACAAAACCAAAAGCAAACCAACCACCUCAUCCCUCCCCUUCCGACCCCCGGAGGAAAUAACAUUAGCA